AUGACGCAUCUACAGGAAUUAUUCAAUCGGGCAAUUCAACCCUUGCCUGCAAUUGAUGACGAUAACUUCGCGUCCCAUUUCGAUAUCUUUGCCGGUAAACAGCUUGUACUCUUAGGUGAUGGCAGCCACGGGACCUCGGAAUUCUACUCGGCACGAGCAGAAAUUACCAAGCGACUCAUCCAGAAACAUGGCUACACAAUGGUUGCCCUCGAAGCAGACUGGCCUGAUGCUGAGGCCAUCGACCGCUACGUUCGCAUGCGACCGGGACCCAAAGCAGGUGUAGGUGGCAUAGCCAAGGGACACGAACCAUUUAAACGAUUUCCAACUUGGAUGUGGCGCAACUGUGAAAUGCAAGACUUGGUGGAAUGGGUACGCGACUGGAACACGCGCCAACCACCAGAAAACCGCGCAGGGUUCUAUGGCUUGGACCUUUACAGUAUGGGAGCUUCUAUCAGUGCAGUCAUCGAUUAUCUUGACGGCAUAGACCCCGCAGCAGCCAAGGUGGCGAGAAAACGAUACAGUUGCUUGGAACCAUGGGUGGAAGAUCCUACUUCAUACGGACUGGCCUCUUUGCACGGUAUGAAAGACUGCGAAAGCGAAGUUAUAAAUAUUCUGCGAAAUCUCCUCAAUCGGAGAAUGGAUUAUAUUCAGAAAGAAGUGGGUGGCGGCGAAGAGGAAUUCCAGAGCGGAAAACAGAAUGCCUAUCUGGUGCGUGAUGCGGAGAAAUACUACAAAGCGAUGUACUGGAGUUCGGCAACAUCGUGGACAAUGCGAGAUACGCACAUUACCGACCCCCGCCUGAGACAUAAAGCGAUUGUCUGGGCUCACAACUCGCACGUCGGUGAUGCGCGUUAUACCAGCAUGGGACUCCGUCGGAAUGAAGUCAACAUCGGUCAGUUAUGCCGGGAAAGACUAGGCUGGGAGAAUGUCUGCAUUCUUGGAUGCGGAACUCAUACCGGUACCGUUGCAGCUGCUCAUGACUGGGAUGAGGACAUGGAGGUGAUGGAUGUGAAUCCUUCUAUGGCUGAAAGCUGGGAAAUGGUAGCUCAUGAGACCGGCGUCCCGAGUUUCCUAAUUGACCUUCGUCGCGGUAGUAUUGAUCGCUCUCUACGAGCGGCAAUGGCAGCUGAAGAGAAAAUUGAAAGGUUCAUCGGUGUGAUAUAUCGGCCCAAUACUGAGCGAGGGUCCCAUUAUUCUCAUGCCUUUCUUCAUAAGCAGUAUGACGGAUAUAUCUGGUUUGAUCGCACUGAAGCCGUGAAGCCUCUAGAGACCAUUCAGCCGAAGACAGUUCUUGGGAAAGAAGAAACAUAUCCCUUUGGUCUAUGA